UGUUUAGUUUAAGUUUUCAUUCACUACAUGACACAUUUAUUAUAAACUGUUAAUAAUUUCUUAUAGCUAAAUAAUUAAAAAUAGUUAAAAUAACAUUAACUUUUCAGAAAGAAAUGGGUCCGAAAAAGAAUAAAAAUGCGCAUAUAAGUGAGAGUGUCAGACGACCAUUAUAUCUGUUAACAAACCCAAUUUCACAGCUACCAAAUACACAGCUUCCAACCAAUGGUAGUAUUUUAAGAUAUUAUCAAUAUCUAAUUUCAAGUAAGAAGAAAAGAUUUAUCAAAACACAAAUUAACAUGGCCUGUAAGAAGCAAAAAGGAACAAGAAACUUGGUAUGCAAAGAGAUUUUUGUGACCUUGAGGCGCAAUCAAACUGCUUAAUUAGACAAAUAGUCAACAUUUGGACCAAAGCAGGAUUUGAAGCAUACAUCAUUACAGAAUAUUCAAUUCUUGACAAUUUCAAGCUCUACACAAGAAGUAUCAAUUUUUGAAAAAAUGUGUUACUCUGAAAGAUAUCAAAGAUACUAGAGAAGAUAUUAAGAAUGAAUUCAUUUCAACAAUGGAACAUUUGUUUGACAUAGGCAAAGAUAACUUAGAGCAACUGAUGAGAAGUGACAAAAUAACACUAAGAACACCAGCUGCUAUUGAAGAAGACAUUUUUUUUAUAGACCAGCAAAUAGACAGGAAGUGGUUUAUUUCUAAGUCAGAUGAAGGGCUAGCUACCAUUAUUGAGAAACCCCAUGAAAGGUAUAAGAGACAAGAACAAUUGAGAAUGAAGUACCUAGAGGAGAAACAAGCUGAAGAAAGAUGUAAAUCAGCUCCUCCACCACUUGAUGAAAGUGAUGAAGACUUGACGCCAACUAAGAAAAGAUACAAGUUUGGUCCAGCCAAUUUGGAUAUGGAUAUGUUUGAUCCAACUUUGACAGAUCAAGAAGACUCAUUCGAAGGUAGUGAUGAUGACUUUGAAUAUAGUGCUGCUCGAGUUAAAACCCCAAAAAUCUUACCUAAAGGCUCAAUGCAAGUAAAUAAAAAGAUCACAAGAGAAGAACUGAUGGCAGUAACUACACCUAUUUGUGCUAGAGGGUUAAUCAGCAUUAAAAUACAAACCUGGCUGUUGUUGUCUGUUGUUAAUUACCUGGGAGAUGUUAAUCAGAUGGGCAUUUUUAAAUCCAGUAUUUCAAGAGAAAGUCAAAGGUUAUUUCAAUCAGAGAAAAUUAAAGAGAGAUAAUGGCUGGAAAACACCUUGUUCUCCACUGUGAUGGCAAGCUGUUAAAAUAUUUAGAUGAAAAUACCUUGCAAUCUGUCGUAAGAGAUAGUUGCUGUCAGUGUUACCAGCCCUGAUUUUGAAAAAUAAAAAUCUCUUACUUGGUGUUUUACCUGCAGAGUCUGACAAAGCUGUUGAUUAAAUAGAAAUUAUUCACAACUUACUUGAGUCCUUUGAAAUAUGCAAUGAAAUUUUCGCAAUUGUUGCAGAUACUACCAAUGGUUAUACAGGAGCUCAUGCAGGAAUUCUGACCAGAUUGUGCUAUAUUUUGGGAAAACCUGUUCUCUGGCUGUUAUGCAGACAUCACAUGUUUGAAAUAGCAAUACAUAGGGCAAUUGUAAUUGUCCUUGGAGUUACUGCUGCACCACAUCGACAGUUCUAAGAUUUCAAGAAGGACUGGGAAGUAUAUCACGCUAUAGCUCAAAAAGUUGACCUGUUUGAGUUUAAGAAAUUUGAUGAGAAGAAGCUGGAAGUUGAAUCUGAACUUCAUAAGCUUUACCUGGAUGCUCAGGAAUAUCUGAAGUUUGCUCUUAAUUACGAAGUGUUUCCAAGAGAUGAUUACAAUCAUCUAGUAAAGUAUGCUGCAUUUUAUUUAAAUGUCUUAUCACCAAAGCUGAAUGAUUUUGAAAUUCAUCAACCAGGAGCCAAUCACAAUGCUCAUUUCAUGGCUGACAGUCUUUACAAUUUAGCUUUUGUUAUGACAUCAGGCAGCUUCAUUUGAAAAUAGAUAGUGGUUGUUGAAGCAGUAUGAGUUUGAUGACACUAUCCAACUUUUGUGUGAUAUGCUUCAGUCAUCGAAUAUGACUUUGACACAUAAUGCAUCUUUUGCCAUAGCAAGAUUGUGUUGAAAUCUUCAAGUUGCAUGGCUCAAGUGUUAUUGUGGAUGGAUAUUUUGCAAGUACUAAUUUGCAAUGUUUUACUCAAGUGAAGGUGCAAAAUGUUCUUUAAAUGAAGUAGUGUUUAAUGACACUCCAGAAUCAGAUACGUGCUCUAACUAGUGAAGGAAAAAGAUUAGCAGCUUAUUUGACAGGAACAACAAAUACUCUUGAUUAUUUUGCACCCUCACCCCCUCAAUUACAUGUUCAUGGUAAAACAGAGAUUUCUAUUGAGUGGGAUCCUCCUAAAAAUCUUCUUGGCAGAUUAAAUUAUUAUGAACUUAGAAUGGAUAACAUGAUGUAAUUACAUCUGUAGGAAAUUCUUCCAGAUGUUAUUGGCUUUUGUGAAAAAUUACAAGACGUAGUUACUUCUAUCGAAAGAUGUUGUUAGGGGUCGUUGAUUUUCCAGAUGAUAUUGGACAGAUGUUAUUAGAGUAAUAAAAAUACAGAUGAUCUUGGACAAAAUUGCACAGAUGAUCUUGGACUAGUCCACAGAUGUUUUUGGAUAGGUGUAGUAAUCUUUUACCCAAAUUUCCAGAAUGCUUUCAAGAGAAAUAGAUGACAGAGAGCUUUUGAUCAUGUCUGUCACCAAUAGCUCUACCAGUUUAUUUUUUAAUCUUGUGUGAUUAUUAAUUUCUAUAAUCAGGGUUGGAAUCAAAUAUGUAUUUUUAUUUGAAGUUCUAUUUUUAUUUGGUAGUUAUAGGGUAAAUUGGCGUAUUUGUAUUCGUAUUGCAUUUGAUUUAAAAAUUUCUUAAAAAUUUUUAUUUGCAUUUGA